AUGCCAUGCAUAACAACACUGGCUCGAAACCGACAAGUCAGAUAUGCGUCAACCACAAAGCACCCCAAGGGCUUUAUACCGCCAUCUAGUGAGGAUCUGUCCGAGUUAAGAGAUAGGGUCCAAGAAUUUACUAGGCGCGAGAUCCCAGAAGAAGUCGCUGCGAUGACCGAUAAAGUGAAUGAGUUCCCAAAUGAUAUGUGGGAGAAAUUGGGAGAGGCAGGGUUUCUGGGAAUCACGGCCGAUGAGGACUACGGUGGUCUUGCCAUGGGGUACCAGGCACACUGUGUAGUUAUGGAAGAGAUUAGUCGAGCUUCAGGAAGCAUUGGUCUGUCAUAUGCUGCACACUCGCAACUUUGCGUCAAUCAGCUUUCUCUUAAUGGCUCGCCGGAACAAAAGCGAAAAUUUCUCCCCGGGCUUAUAUCAGGAAAAAAGGUCGGAGCGCUGGCCAUGUCAGAACACUCGGCGGGCUCAGAUGUAGUUAGCAUGAAGACAACGGCGAAAGCAGUCAAGGGAGGCUGGAUACUGUCUGGUACAAAGAUGUGGAUUACGAAUGGACCUGACGCGGAUUACAUCGUGGUCUAUGCCAAGACCGACCCAGAAAAAGGAUCCAAGGGGAUCACUGCUUUUGUGGUAGAAAAAGGCUUCACGGGCUUCUCUUGCGCCAGAAAGCUGGAUAAGCUCGGGAUGAGAGGUUCGAACACGGGUGAAUUAAUCUUUGAUGAUGUCUUUGUUCCCGCGGAGAAUGUCCUAGGCGAAGUAAACAAAGGCGUUCGUGUACUCAUGGAAGGAUUAGAUAUUGAACGACUCGUUUUGAGUUCGGGACCUCUAGGUCUUAUGCAAGCGGCGUUAGACGUCGCUCUACCUUACACCCAUACCAGAACGCAGUUCCAAACUCCAAUAGCAUAUAAUCAAUUGAUUCAGGGAAAGCUGGCAGAUAUGUAUACAAAACUCCAAGCCGCAAAGGCAUAUACAUAUUCGACGGCAAAGAGACUGGAUGAAGAAGGCUCGGUCAAAACAGUCGAUUGCGCUGGUGCAAUUCUUUAUGCCGCAGAGCGUGCGACCGAAGUCACGCUUGAUGCUAUCCAGUUGCUCGGCGGGAAUGGAUAUAUGAAUGAAAUGCCUGCUGGUCGUCUCUUGCGAGAUGCUAAGCUCUAUGAAAUUGGCGCAGGAACGAGCGAAAUUCGCCGACUGGUAAUUGGUCGUGCAUUUAAUAAGGAAUACGCCGAUCCGUGGGCCAAGGGGUGA